AUGAAUCCAUUUGUGGACAAUCCAUCCACUGAAACUCCUGUCAUUCUUCCUGCUGUCUCUGCGCCCGAACCUCUCUUUGCCGUCCGUGGACAAAUACCAGAUCAUCUUCGUGGCUUUCCACCCACCGUCCCUGAAGACAUUGCCUUCUCCAUCCGUCAACAGUUUCCCAACUUCUGUUUGCCUCCACCUCCACCUCCACCUCCACCAGAGCGACCUGAACGCCAGACGUCCAAGUUACCCCUACUGACCCCAAUCAAGAACCUGAUCAACAAACGCCCUGACUCCGAGGAGGUGAAUUAUGGUACACCCACACGAGUUCAAGGAUCAGAGAAGAAAAAACGCAAGUCGAGCCUGCAGAGGUUUGGAGACUUCUUGAAACAUCCCUUUGUGUCACAACCACCUACCGAGGCGGAUAAAGUGGAAGAGUGGAUGAAGGAAAGCGCCGCAGCCAUCGCGCCUCGCACUCUCGUGUCUCUCGAUCCAGCGACCCAAGCCCGCGUUCUGGGAGACAUGGAACUCCUCCUGGUCACCGCCACCAACAACUUCCUGGUCCACGAGGCCAACGCUGCACGUCUCAACCCGGAAAUUGUCAUGCGCUUCAGCAACGAGUGGAGAGCCCGUGGUCUGCGCCCUGUGGUCGAGUUCCUCUACGACUGCCGCACCCAGUACCACCUCGUACUGGCCAACAUGCACACCGUCCGAUUCUCAACCACCUGCGAAGAGUCGUUUUACCUGCGCGACUCAUGCAUGGAGGUCUGGUCGACUAUCCUGGCCGACGUGGCCGUCCACGCCUUCUGCCUUCCCGACGACAUCGUCGUCAAGCACCUCUACGCCCUCCCCCAGGUGUUGAGGAUGCUGCGGGCCCCCGAGUCGGCCCUCGCGGCCGUCCGAGGCCUUCAACUAAAGACCUCGGCCAAGAUCACGGAGCGCAAGGCGGUGGGCCGCGCGCGAAGGGCGGCUCGGGGCCCCUUUGCCAUCCGCGUGCCCCAGUACGGGGACGGGAUGUUUCACCGGCGCGACAUCAGCGUCGAGUCAGAGGAGGACGUGUUUGGGGGGUUUGAGGCCGUCGUGGCCAACAUGCCGGCGCCCGCGUCGCUUGUUGCCGCGCUGGACGGUCCCGGCCCGACCGUCCACAAGGACGAUCGGGUCGGCGUCCUCUAG